AUGAAUACUAAAUUAGAGACUAUACCUGUACUUUAAGAGAAAUGUAAAUUUCAUUAAAAUGAAUAAGCUAAUUUAAUUUGUCUUACAGCAUCAUGUUUAAAUUAAGGAUUUUUCUGUUUUUAAUGUAAGAAUCAUCAUGAAGGUCAUAAUGUAAUAUAGGGAAUAGAAUUCUUUGACUCAUUAAAAUAAUUAGUAUAAUAUGAUGGUUCAUAGAAAUCAUCAAAUAAUGUGAAUUAAGUGUCAGCAAGAAUAGUAACAGCUAUGUUGACAACAAUUGAUGAAUUAGAAGCAUUAAAUUAAUACUUUUCUGAAACACUUGGAUAGAUUAGAUUAUAAUUUGAGAAAUAUUGUCAAAUAUCAAAUGAUGUGAAUGUGAUAAAUAACUUUUUGAUUUUCUCUUAAAAAGAAACAAUAGAACCUUAAUAAUUCAAGGAUAAAUUUGAAGAAUGUUUAAAAAGACUCUGUCUUAAAUUAUAAAAAUUACACAUAAAAUCUACAGUAACAUGUUAAUCUAAUUCAUUAUUUUUACCAGAUGAGAGAUUAUUUUAGGAAUAUUUAGAACCUCUAAUAUCAACAUUGAAAGGAAUAAAAUUAUAAGCUGAAUCUAGUUUUACUAAACCACUUUAUUAUAAUAAAUUAGAUUUGAAUUUUAAAAAUGGAUUAAUGCCUUUAGUCAAUUCAUUUUUUGAACCUGUUAUAUUUGAGACAGAUUAACCAAAGGAGGAAGAUAAAGUGUUGGAGAGGUUAUGGAUAGAUAAGAAUGAAACAAUGAGGAAAAUGUUGAUGAUGAAAUAGCGUACAAAGGAAGAAUAAGUUAUUGAAGAUGAACCAUAUUCAUAUGGAAAUGGAAGAUUGGAAAAAGUAUUUGCUGUAGCUGGAUCUAAAGUUUGGUUUUUAGAUUUUAUUUAUAGUAAAUUUAAACCAACUUCUAAAAAUUCAAAAAUUGAACCAAAAUAAGCAUGUAUAAUAUGUAAAUGUCAUCAGAAAUUUGCUAGAAUAAAUGAAUUCUUGAAUUGUAAAUAUGGGGAUCUAUAUGGACCAUAUCAUUUAGAGGCUAGAUUAUUGGAUAAUUUCAAGAUGGCUUUUGAUAAAAGAACUAAUAAGGAGUACUUGAUUGAUAGAGGAGGUCUUUAUUUUCAUGAUCUUUGUGUAUAUUGGUCAUCAUUGGUUGAAUAUGAUGAGAAGAAAGGAACUAUAGAUUUUGAAUCCUUAUAAGAAGCAGUAAAAAUAUCAUAAGAGACUUAUUGUUAUUUAUGUAAAAGGAAAGGACCUACAUUGAAAUGUAAUAAUGAAAAUUGUUAGAUUUGGAUACAUUAUUAUUGUUGGAAGGAAUUGGAACCAUCUUAAUAAUACUUGGAUAAUUAGAAAUUUAGAAUGUUAUGUUAUUAACAUGUACCAGCAAAGUAUCGUAAACCAGUAUGGGCUUCUUAGAAUUUAUUAUUAGAUGAUUAAUAAUUGGAGAAAAGGGAAUUUAAGGAAUUUAGAUAAAGUUAGUUUGUUAAAUUUACAUAUUAAGAAGCAGGAUAAUCAAGAUAUAUAUAAAAAUUAGAAUAAUAGGCUACAAAAUAAUAAUUUGAGGAAUGA